AUGAUGCGAAAAACUAAAACACAUUCAGAAAUAUAUUUGUUAGCAAAAGAAUUUAAUCAGCUUAAAAUGUUUUAUCAAACAAAUGACAAUUAUGAGUUAGAACUAAAAGAAUCAUUAGAUAAUAAAGAAUCUUUCCUUGAAAAUAUAACAUCUAACAAUAUAAAAGAAAUACAAAAAUCUAAUAAUCAAAUUCUUACACAUUUGCAAAUCGAAAAAUUUAAAAAAAUAUUUGCUCAACAUACUAUUAAAGAAAGUGAUGAUGAGCAAAAAACUGACGAGAAAAUGACAGAUCUUUUAGAUCAGCAGAAAAAGGAGGCUUUUUUUGUUAAUCUUU